AUGUUUCGAGCUGGAGGUAAUGUCCCCAAAUGAUCGUGCCCGGUUGCAAAGUGUGUGUGCCCCCUCGUUUGCAGAAGUGAGUGCCGGUGCGCUCGUGGCCUGGGGGUUCGGCUUUCUGCUGAUUUGCUUGAUCGCCUGCGCCGUCAUCUACAUGGUCGUCGUGCAUUUCAUGAAAAAGGGCAACGGCGAGGAUGACGUUCCGUAUGAUUUACGCAAUUUCGACGAGGAAGUCACCAUAAUCUGUCGGGAGCGGGAACCGGAGCCCAGUGAGCGCCAAGUUUCGGAAAAGGUGGAGAACUCAUCCGCCAAGACAAAGGAGACCAAAAUGGUGGCCACGGUCAGUUUUUUUGCAUUCGAAAGUCUUAGCAACGCAAUUUCUAGACAAAAAUCCAGGCUCCACAAGUGAAACAGCAGAUUCUCGAUGAGAAUUUGUCGCAGAAAACCGAGAGAUCGGUGAAGGAAGUUGAUAAAAGUGAAAGACUAGAGAAACCUGCUCCACCGAAUCUUUCCCGCGAGAAUCUCUCCAAAGAGUCGACCGAGCCGGAGUUGUCAUCGAAAAAGAGUCUGCCGGAUGUGAGCCAAAAGUCCGAGAAGAUCGGCGGUAGCACGGAGCCAGUGAAAGGAAUCGGCGGAAGCGUCGAGUACAGUGCCAGUUCGUUAGAGUUUUUCAGAAUGCGAAACAGAAAUGUUGUUUUUAGAAGCGCCGUCCGAAUCCGAAGCGGCCGCGCGUCUCGAAAAAGCUCCAGAAUCGUCGGACACGAGCGGAUAUCACAUUUCUUCGCAGCGCAGCGAGCUGAAUCACAUCAAUAUGAACGAAGCGGGUCGAACUCCGCCGACCGAUUCAAAGUUUGAAAAUCAGAUGCUCGGCGUGACGUCUUCCACCGAAAAAGUGUCGUUGUCGUUGAAGGCCGCUGCGAAGAGAAGUUCGGAGACGUCGGUUUCCGUGACGACGCCGCCCACUGUCAUCAAAAAGUAG